UAAACACACUAGUUUCUGAAUAUGAUGCUACUACGUCUGCUAUACCUUCUUGUUAUGCUUCAAUUGGCAGCGGGAAUCUUAUGGGAUUUACGCAAUGAGAAGUGCUACUUUCUGGCCGAUGUCGGUCCGUGCAGGAGAUUUAUACGAGUGUAUGCGUUCGAUAUAUUCAGCAAUCGUUGCAACACAUUCGAUUACGGCGGCUGCGGUGGCAAUCCGAAUCGCUUUCUCUCAGAACAGCAGUGCCGCAAAGCCUGCCUCGUAAAGCGCAAGCCUUUAGUGCCAACUGUGCCAAAGAGAAAAUUACCUGUUUAUGAUGAUGAAUAUAUUUGAGGUGAAGAAGGAAACGAAAAUAGACGCUAUUCUAAACCAAUUAACUAAAUUCUAUAUACUUAUCGUACCAA